AUGAAGUUCUUGGGUCUGCUCAUCGUCGGCGCCGUGCCCGCCCUCGGCUCGUACAUCCCGCGCCAGGACAGCAACUCCAGCGACGUGUACAGCUCAUCGUCGUACGCUGACUACUCGUCGUCGGCCGCGGUCAGUGCGACGUCGUGGACCAGCGCUGCUGCGACCGCCACCAAUGUGUCGUCGUGGUCGAGCGCUGCAGCGACGACCGCCAGCAACGUGACGUCGUCCGUCAGCUCGUCGGCGGUCCCAAGCUACACUUGCGUCCCGGCGUCCCUGGUCAAGCCGACGACGUACACCGUGUCGGGGACGACGAUCUCCACGUACUAUAUUGCCUCGCCCACUGGCAGCGCUAACGCCACAGUCACGAGCGUGCGCUCCAGCUCCGCCGCCAACGCGACGACGUACUACUCCAGCAGCGCGGCCCCGACCACGUACUACUCAAGCAGCGCGGCCCCGACCACGUACUAUUCGUCCAGCGCGCCCUCGAGCACCUACGUCCCCAGCAGCUCCAGCGUCCCCGUCACGACCGCCUACAGCUCUUCCGCGGCGGAGGUCACCACCGCCGUGGGCUCCUCAUCGGCCUACGACCGCCGCGCCGUCUCCUCGUCCUUCACCAACGAGACCCAGCCCUCGGCAAGCAGCAUCAUUGUCUACGUCAACGGCACUUCGACGUACGCGGAGCCGACGGUCGUCUCGACGUCCCUUGCGGGCGGCGCGACCACCAUCUCCGUUAUCCCCACCGCGUCGGACUCGGGGCUCGUCUGCGUCGAGGUCCCUGCGGACCCUGCCUCGCUCGGUGUCGUCGCGGACAAGGACGACGACAAGAACGGGGCGGUGGGCGCGUUCAAGGGCGUUGGCACGUUCGGUGUGGCGGCUGCCGUUGCUGUCGUGGCCUUCGCUGCGCUGUAA